AUGAGGGCCAUUAUUUUCAUGCUGAUUGUAUCCGUUGUGGGCAGUCAAAAGUUAAAGUAUGAACCUACUUUUACUGAAGGUAUGAUGACUGUUUAUACAUAUGAAGGUGUUAUUCUGACUGGACUUCCAGAAAGUGGCUUAAACAGAGCUGGUGUGAGAAUUAAUUGUGGACUGAACAUUAUUCCAAUGGGGCAGAACACCUACCUCCUUAAGAUCUCCCAUGCUCAGAUUCUGGAGUACAAUGGCAUUUGGCCAAGGGAUCCCUUCAUCUCAGCACAUAAACUCACACAGAAGCUGGCUUCAGAGCUGACCAAGCCUGUGAAGUUUGAGUACAACAAAGGCCGAGUUGGAAACAUCCAAGCCCCUGCAGACUUGCUUGAAGAUGUCCUGAACAUUCACCGUGGGAUCCUUAACAUCUUUCAAAUCACCACGAAGAAAUCACAAAAUUUCUAUGCGUUGCAAGAGGCUGGAAUUGAAGGUGUUUGUCUCACAAAUUACAUCAUUCAGGAAAACAAGAAAGCUAACCGAAUUAUUGUCACCAAGUCAAAAGACUUGAAUAACUGUCAGGAGAAAGUUAUGUUGUUCACUGGUGCCGUCUAUGCUGAACUCUGCCCAAUCUGCCAACAGUGGAGUAGGAAUAUACGUGCAUCUGCUACUUUCACCCAUACCCUAAAACCUACAGCAACUGGUGCAAUUCUUCAGGAAGCAAGGGUUCAAGAAGUGCAUCAAUUUACACCAUUCAAUGAGCGUGAUGGAGCCGCUAUCAUGGAAGCUAGGCAACACCUUGUGCUGGUUAACAUCAGGCCAGCAGUAAUACAUGAACAGCAGGUUCAGUUCGUGAACCGAGGAACCUUGAAAUAUCGCUUUGACGAGAAUAUACUUCUCAAACCAAUAAAAUUAACGAAAAUCCAGAAUGUGGAAAAAGCGAUCCAAGACACCUUGACACACCUGGAGAGAGUCCAUUCUGACACUGCUGCCAAAUUUCUACAGCUUGUUCAAUUACUCCGAUCCACAACGGAGGAAACCAUUGAUACCUUGUGCAGAAAGUCCCACAACCACCAGCUCCACACUCGGCCCUGGAUUCUGUCUGCACUUCCUGCUGUUGGAACAUCUGCCGCACUGAAUUUCCUCAAAACUAAAAUUCAGAAUUUGGACAUCUCGGUGGCUGAUACAGCUCAGGUUUUGGCUCUUGCCAUGCAUCAAGUCACAGCUGACCGUCAAAGCCUAUCGAUAGUCAGAGAACUAUUUGACAUGAAUCAUGUGCAGCAGAUCCCCAUACUUCGUCAGAUUGUUUACCUCGGCUAUGGCUCCAUGGUUUUCAGAUUCUGUGCACAGAAGGAUACGUGCCCUGACAAUCUACUUAAGCCUCUCCAUGACUUGCUCAGUGUAGCUACAGCACAUGUCAAUGAGGAGGACAUUGUACUUGGCCUCAAGGCAAUUGGCAAUGCGGGGCAGCUAGCGAGCAUCAAGAACAUCAUGAAACUGUUACCUGGCUUCGGCACAGCAGCUGCCAGUAUCCCACUGAAAAUUCAGGCUGAUGUUAUCAUGGCUCUGCGUAAUAUUGCAAAGAAAGACCCAGGAAAGGUACAAGCCAUCACGAUACAAUUAUUCAUGAAUCGAAAGAAUCAUCCUGAAUUGCGAAUGUCUGCGUGUGCAAUAUUCCUGUGCACUAAGCCACAUUUGAAUUCCUUGUUGGUCCUGGCUGAUUCGCUGUUAAAGGAGACCAGUUUGCAAGUGGCAAGCUUUGCUUAUUCGCAGUUCAGAUCCUUGGCAAGGAGCUCACUCCCUUCUCUCAGGUCCCUGGCAGCUGGGUGCAAUAUAGCUGCAAAACUCCUGAGCGCCAAAUUUGACCGACUUGGCUUGCGAUUUAGCCGGCUUUUGCAUCCUGACAAAUUCUGCUUCAAGCUGAUGUCAGGAUUAUCUGCUAAAGCCAUUCUGCUGAAUAAUGCUGGGACUCCCAUCCCAACAGUAGUAGCAGCCAAAAUCACGGGUCAUACGUUGGGAUCUUCUGCUAAUCUGGCAGAGGUCAGCUUUCGAAUGGAAGGCCUUCAAGAGGUCAUCAUGAAAGCCCUCGCACCAGUCACAGGAGUUCCUGAUCUGAAGCAAAUUCAACGUAUCUUAAAUAAGUUCCCAGGAUGGAAGUCCUUACCAGAAAAAGUACCUCUGGCUUCAGCGUACCUGAAACUGUUCGAUCAAGAGAUAGCCUUUGUGGAGUUCAAAAGGAAUGACUUUCAGAAAGCCAUUCAAUCACUCACUGACGCACGUGGGAAACGCAGCACGUUGACGAAGCUGCUCACAUGGCUCCAGAAGCCAGUUGAAUUGCGCCCUGCAGCAGCAUUAAUGAGUGCCGAGCUGAGACGGUUCGUCCCUACCUGUGUUGGUCUGUCCAUGGAACUCUCCUUCCUUUCAACUGUUGUGGCAAAAGCCAAUAUCAACGUUGAUGCACGUAUCCCUUCCUCCAUCUCUUCCUUUUCUCAAUUGCUCAGUGCUGAUAUCCAGCUGAAGGUUCAGCUAAACCCAAGUGUGUCUGUGUAUAGUAAAGCCAUCAUGGGAAUAAAUACUCCCUUUGUCCAGUCUGGCUUAGAACUUGAUGCAAAACUCCGUGCUGCUUUCUCCGUCGAUGUGACAGUGAAUAUGAAUAUAAAAGAAAGAAAUUUGAAAAUUGACACAGCAGCAGUUGAACAGGAAAAUCAAAUCUUAUCUUUCAGAUCAGAAGUAUUUGCAGUUUCAAGAAACAUUGAGAAUUUGUCUGCAGCAAAAUCAGUCCUGAUUUUACCUGAAGCAGAAGAGCCGAGCAUCACAAAUCAAAAAUUCAAGGCAACCUGGCGCAAUCCAACAGAUUCAGUGCUUUGUUCAGGAACCAUGGCCGAUGAAGAUGAGUGUCGUGAUCAAGCACAGCGACGAGCCCCAAGGCCCUCAGUGAGCAACAUUUGUGCUAGAAUGACAACGUUUGGCUUUGAUGUGUGCCUGGACGCAAAGUCAGCAAGUGCUGUUUACAUCCGCCAUGGUCCACUGUACAGGCUGAUGGGAGGGCACAACAUCAGAAUUAUAAUCAGACCAGUCCAGUCAGAGACAAGGAUCGAAAGGUUGCGGCUGGAAGUACAGACAGGUCUCAAAGCAAGUGCUAAAAUGGUUCGGCUUCUGGAGGUAGAGGAGCUGCUCCCUGAAAGAGUCCGUACACAUACAGUCCUGAUAGAGGAAUCCCACUCACAGAUUAGAAUGGAAAACUGCAUUUGGGACAAAAGCUCCUCAUCCAGGUCAAUUUCUACAAGUUUGUCAGGAAGCAAGUCCACCUCUCAAAGAUCUGCAGUGUCAAAUGAUAAUUCACACAGUGAGCACCACAACAUUCACCAGAAGGAAGAUCGACAGGCUCCAAUAUCUGAAAAGAGCAGCAUCAGCACCAGUCAUCACACAGAUAUCAGCUCCAGCAGAUACAGGUUCUCCACCAGUGCAUGGAGAAUGAACCAGGACCUCAUGGAUAUUAAGUUCAAGUCAGUUGGAAAGGUUAAGAGUAAUCUCAUUGGAGAUAUAGGCACACCGUCACUCACCAUCCUUGCUCAAGCAAAAAGGACUGAUGGCAAACAGCAAGGGUAUCAGCUCACAGGAUCAAUGGAAAGUUCAGAUGGCAGGCCUAGAAUACAUCUACGAGUUGUUGAACUGAAGGAAGACAGCAACUGGAAAAUGUGUGCUGAUGCUGUAAUCCUGAAAGCACACAAAGCAUUGUUAAUGUUCAGAUGGGGUGAAGAUUGCCAGAAGUUUAAAAUAUCUUAUGAGGCAUCAUUGGGACAUCUUGCAGACCAUCCAGCUAUGAAAAUUAAAAUUCAGUGGUCAGAAAUUCCUGCUGCAAUGAUAUCUGGUGGAAGGGUGAUCGGAUCUGGACUUGCUUUUCUAUUGGGAUUUUCCAAUAAAUUCAAAAGUAAUCCUUCUCAUCAGAUCACGCAACUGAUAGCCCUAACAUCACCAUGGACCAUCGAUACAAUUGUUAAACUACCCAGGUUAACAAUCUAUUACCAAGGCUUCGAGCUUCCAUUGCCACUGCAUGUUCAACCAAUGACCCCAGUCAUUCGGACGAAAGGGUUUAAAAGCAUCAGUGAAAUACCACAGCUGCUACUGACGAUGAACCAACGAGAAUGUAUUUCAGAGGGUGAGCGAGUUGUUACAUUCGAUGGCAAUGAAUUAAAACACACAAUACUUAAUGAUUGCUACUACAUCCUGGCCAAAGAUUGUUCACCUACUCCAAAAUUUGUUCUCUUAAUGCGGCGCGCUGUCAAUCAGCAAAAGAAGAAGGCAAUAAAGCUGCUCAUAUCUGUGCCCAAUAUUGUAAUUGAAGCAUAUCCAACGCGGAAUCGUAUAAAGUUCUUGGUGGACAAUGUUGAAACCACUUUGAGUAAUGAAGAAAAGGUCAUACAAAAUGUACAUGCUUGGCAGAAUGGGACAGGAAUUAUUUUAAAAGCAUCAUCAAUCAAUAUUGAACAAUUGUUCUUUGAUGGAAACACUGUGCAGAUUAUACUCGAUCACAUGAUGAGUAAGACAUGUGGUAUUUGUGGGCUCAAUAAUGGUGAGAAAAAGCUGUUGAUGCCAAAUCAAGAGGAGGCCAAAGAUGUCGAAUGCCUUUUUGAAUCAUGGACAUGUCCAGGGCAAACCUGCAAAGAUGAUUGCAAAGUUAGAAGAACAUUUGUGGAACUAGGAAAACUUGUCAAGUUUGAAGGACAGGAAUCCAGAUGCUACUCAGUCGAACAAGUUCAACGUUGCCUGGAAGGGUGUUCACCAAUUGAAACACUCUCUCGCAUUGUCAAUUUCCACUGUGUACCAGCUAAUCACUCCGUGAAUGCAGCUGCUAUGUUAAGUUUCUGGAAGAAGUCUGCAGAUAAGAGCCUCUCUGUGGAUUCCCAUACUGACUGCGUGUGUGACUGUGCCGAAGUGUAACCCCAUUAAUCAAUGUUACCAAAACCUCAACUGUAACAGUUAUGAAUGUGAGACUUUUUGUUAUAUCAAUUCUUUUUAAAAACAAUCUUAACUCUUGUUGAA